AUGAGUUUGAAAGAAGUAUUCGAACAACAUCUCUGGAGGUCAUUUAAGAAGUUCAAUGAAGCUGCAAAGAGUUGGGGAUUUACUAACAGAGCUGAAGUGAAAAGAUUCUUUGACAAAAAUGUUGUACAUCAAACAAAAAUAAACCCUUACGACUACUUUUUACCAAUUUACUCCAACACUCCCGACGCAUACCAAUUUGACACUCUCAUUCAUAGCAGAAAAGGAGGACAUAAACCAUUCCUCAUCUUCAUAAAUGUUAACACUCGUAAAGCAUACGCAUAUCCAAUGAAGAAUAAAGGAACUCGUGAAGUGUUAAGAGUUUUACAAAAGUUUGUAGCAGAACAUAACCCUCUUAUAUACGAAAAAAAGAGAUCUGACAUUGUGUCAGAUCUCAGUAAAAGUGACAUUUACAUGUCAAAAAAAUAG